AUGGCGAUUAGUGAUUAUUUGACCAGAAUGUACGAGGGGUUCCUUACGCUUCCCUUGUUGCAUCAAGUAACACUAGUUAUCUUAGCACCGUUCGUUUACAAUUUAAUUUGGCAGCUAAUGUGGUCUUUAAGAAGCGAUAGGGUCCCAUUGGUUUUUCAUUGGUUUCCAUGGAUUGGGUCUGCAGUUGGAUAUGGUAUGCAGCCUUACGUUUUUUUUGAGAGCUGUAGAGCGAAGUAUGGCGAUGUUUUUGCAUUUGUUUUGUUGGGGAAGGUAAUGACCGUGUAUUUGGGCCCAAAAGGACAUGAAUUUGUUUUAAACUCUAAGUUAGCUGACGUGAGUGCCGAGGAUGCCUACAAGCAUUUGACUACACCUGUAUUUGGCAAGGGUGUUAUUUAUGACUGUCCCAACUGGAAAUUAAUGGAACAAAAGAAAUUUGCUAAGAAUGCAUUAACAAAAGAAUCUUUCAGAACAUACGUUCCAAAAAUUUUAGAAGAGGUUUUAAAUUAUUUUGCUACGUCGGAGAACUUUAAACUUAAAGAAAACGAAAAAGGGAUCACUAAUGUUAUGGAAUCGCAACCCGAAAUCACCAUAUUUACUGCUUCAAGAUCAUUAUUGGGUGAUGAAAUGAGACGCAAGUUCGACAAGUCUUUCGCUAAGCUUUACUCCGAUUUAGAUAAAGGAUUUACUGCAAUUAAUUUUGUUUUUCCGAACUUACCUCUUCCACAUUAUUGGAAGAGAGAUGAAGCACAGCAAAAGGUGUCGGCAACGUAUAUGUCUCUUAUCAAUAAAAGAAGAGAAACAAAUGAUGUUGAUCCUAAGAGGGACUUGAUCGAUUCACUCAUGACAAACUCUACUUAUAAAGACGGUUUUAAAAUGACAGAUCAAGAGAUUGCCAAUUUGCUUAUUGGUGUCUUGAUGGGUGGACAACAUACCUCGGCCUCUACUUCUGCGUGGUUCUUAUUGCAUUUAGCAGAGCAACCACAUUUGCAAGAUGAAUUAUAUGACGAAGUCAUGUCUGUCUUAAAUGAAAAGGGCGGUAAUAUCAACGAUUUGUCAUAUGAUGACUUACAAAGCAUGCCUUUAAUCAACAAGACAAUCAAGGAGACAUUGAGAAUGCACAUGCCUCUUCAUUCCAUUUUCAGAAAAGUUAAGCAUUCCUUAUUGGUUCCUAACACUCUGUAUGUUGUUCCAAAGGGUCAUUACGUUUUAGUCAGUCCGGGUUAUGCCAUGACAAACGACAGAUGGUUUCCCGAAGCUUCAAAGUUCAACCCACAUAGAUGGGAUCAAAUAUCUAAUAAGAACACCGAAGAAGCGACUAUCGACUACGGAUUUGGAAGUAUCUCAAAGGGUGUUUCAUCACCCUACUUACCAUUCGGGGGAGGUAGACACCGUUGUAUUGGUGAGCAGUUUGCUUUCGUUCAAUUGGGAACUAUAUUAUGCACUUAUGUUUACAAUCUCAGAUGGACUUUGACGAAUGGCAAACAGAUUCCAGACGUUGACUAUGCGUCCAUGGUUACUUUACCCACAGAACCUGCGGAUAUAGCUUGGGAAAAGAGAGAGACAUGCAUUCUUUGA